UUAAUCCCUGGAGGCCACGAAGUGAGAAUUUCUUGUCAUUGAAGGUACCCUCUUUUGUUGCUUGACCCUCAAUCAAAGACCCAUCUUUUCCGUUUUGCUUCGGCAACUCCACCACCAGAAGCCCUAAUCUCCAUACCCACCAUCUUCUUCUUCUUGUUCAAUCUUGCCCCGUUAUGGGUCGCGAGACGUUGCCAGUUGCAGCUCCACCUGCCCCAGUAGCCACAACACCGAAUCCAACAUCACCAGUAGUAGCACCACAAGCUCCUCCUACAUCACUGGCUCCUGGGUUUCGUUUUCACCCAACUGAUGAGGAGCUCGUUAUUUACUACCUUAAGCGCAAAGUUUGUGGAAAAACUUUCCGAUUUGAUGCAAUCUCUGAGGUCGACAUUUACAGAAGCGAGCCUUGGGACCUAGCAGAUAAGUCGAGGUUAAAGACGAGGGACCAAGAAUGGUAUUUUUUUAGUGCAUUGGAUAAGAAAUACGGUAAUGGAGGGAGAAUGAACAGGGCUACGAGCAAAGGAUACUGGAAAGCCACUGGGAAUGACCGUCCAGUGAGGCAUGACCAAAGGACCGUGGGGCUGAAGAAAACUUUGGUAUUUCAUAGUGGAAGGGCUCCGGAUGGUAAGCGUACCAAUUGGGUUAUGCAUGAGUACAGGCUUGUUGAUGAAGAGCUGGAAAGAGCUGGAAUUGGGUCGGCCCAGGAUGCAUACGUUUUGUGUAGAGUAUUUCACAAAAAUAACAUAGGACCUCCAAAUGGUCAACGUUAUGCACCUUUCAUUGAGGAAGAAUGGGAUGAUUCAUCAGCACUGAUUCCAGGGGCGGAGCCUGUAAAUGAAGCUACAGCUCCCCGUCGCUCACUCAUUGAAGGCAAUGGUCAUGUUGGCCGUUUUGAGCGAACUAAUGCUGUCCAGGAUACUCAAUCCAUCAAUAAAGCUCCUCUUGAUGUGAAUAAGCUACCAAUUGAAACUCAAAAUCUGCUAGCUGUCUGCAAGAGGGAGAGCAUGGCUGAGUAUCCAUCACCCGAAAGGGAUAAUUCUAAGUCUAUGGAUGAUUAUCCAUCACCACAAACAGACAAUCCGAAGCCAUUCUCGCUAAUAUACAAAAGAAGGCGGCAUAAUUUAAACUCUAGCAAUUCAAAUGUUCCCGAGGAUUCAGCCCGUAAUGGCCAGGAUCCAUGCUCAUCGAUAAUAACAACUGCUGCAACAACACUCCCAGCCACAACCACCACUACAACUACCAGCACUUCCUCAAGAAAACAUUUCUUGUCUGCAUUGGUGGAGUUUUCCCUACUUGAAUCUCUUGAACCUAAGGAAAGUCCUUCGACUCGGGUGCCGGAAUUUGACCCCUCUACACUUGACUCCCCUCUGCCCCCCAGCUGCUUGAAAUUCAUCCAACAGUUGCAGGAGGAGGUUCGUAAACUCUCAGUGGAAAGGGAGACAAUGAAGUUUGAGAUGAUGAGUGCGCAGGCCAUGAUAAACAUUCUGCAAUCACGUAUUGACUUGCUGACCAAAGAGAACAAGGAGUUGAAGGGAGGCACUGAGAAUGCUUAGGAGCUCGUUUUGUACAUGUGCAAUCUUGCUCUUGCUAGUGUACCAAUUUCAGCGCCGCGAUGGUGCUUCGUUUUCCGGAUCAUGUAUUAUUUUUCAAGAGCUAGUGUUACAGGGGAGGUUGAUAAUCUCUUGGUAAGAAAGGGACUCUGUAAAUAGGCUAGUAUUUUGGGGUAAUAUGUGAGAAAUGGAUUCAAUAUAGUUCUACAAUCUAAUUGCUGAUGUGCCAAAUGGAAGUGAGCCAAUCUGCACCAUUUGAUAUCAUUUGAUAUGUGUAUCAGAUCCAUUUCUGAUAAACAUUGUAGUGUAGGUUGGCUCUAAUUCCGUUUGGCACAUCAGCAUUUAGACUCCAGAACUACAUUAGAUUCAUUUCUCACAUAUUGCACCAAAAUAGUUCCUUAUUUGUAGAGUUCCUUUUUCAUUAUCAGAUUACUAACUUCUAAACCUUCCCUGUUGCAAGUAGGUUCUAUUGUAGUUUUGAACUUGGACUAGAUCUCUCAAGAGUAUUGAACUUGUAAUUUAAAUCGUGUAAUGUCUAUGGCUUUUAGUUGCCCAUCUAUAUAUUCUAUAAACCUUGUAGCUA